AUGGCUGGGCUGGAGGAAAAGGCAUCACGGGAACAAACCGGGGAGCCACCAAUAUUUGACAGUUCCCUCCCCCAGUCGUCGGGGAGCAGUCAUGAUGGAUCCAGCGAGCCAGCGCCUCGGCUCCACGCUAGAACCCUUCUAGCAGUGCUGGCUGUUUGCCUAAUAUACUUUGCUCAACUUGUCAGUCUCGUGGGGGCCGGCGUCCAAGCACAAACCAUUGGCGCCCACUUCAACGACACAAGCAAAGUCGUCUGGUUUGCCGGCGCCAUCGCCAUCUUCACCGUCGUCCUCGGGCCCAUCGUGUCUCAAGCCGCCGAUUACUGGGGCCGAAAAUGGUUCCUCGUCACCCUGACUUUCACUGGUGCCGUCGGCUCCGUGGUAAUAUCCCGCGCCAGCUCCCUAAACAUGGCCAUCGCCGGCUUCUGCCUCGUCGGCACCGCCUUCGGUACGCAGCCGCUCCUGCACGUCGUCGCGUCCGAGGUUCUCCCCCGACGUUGGCGGGGUUGGGCACAGGCUUGUCCCCUGAUGAUCAGCACACUCGGCAGUCUCACAGGGCUCUUUGUGGGCGCCGCCCUGAACCGUACGUCUGAUCCAAACUCGGACGGGUUCCGCUACUACUUCUACAUGGCCAUGGCCUGCUAUCUCCUCGCCGCGGUCGCAUGCGCCAUCGUUUACAACCCACCGCCCCUCCCUGGCCAACUAGCCUUCACCCAGCGCGAGAAGCUCGCCAAGCUGGACUGGAUCGGCUACCUCCUCUUCUCCACGGGCCUGGUCCUCUUCUCCGUCGGCCUGUCCUACUCCAAGAACCCCUACGAAUGGACCGACCCGCGCGUAUCCGCGACCUUCGCCGUCGGCAUCGCCCUCUCGCUCGCCCUAAUCCUCUACGAAACCUUCCACAAGACCGACGGGCUCUUCCACCACGGCCUCUUCUCGCGCAACCGCAACUUCGCCAUCGCCACGCUGGCCAUAUUCCUCGAAGGGCUCGCCUUCUUCGCCGUCAACAGCUACUUCGCCUUCCAGGUCACGACGCUGUACGAGCCCGACGCCAUGCUGUCCGCCGCGCGCUACAGCCUCAAGUUCAUCUUCACGGCGGUCUUCGGGUGCGUGGCCGGGUGGCGCGCCACGAGCUCGCGCCGCGUCCGCUGGAUCACGGUGGCCGCCUUCGUGCUACUACUGGCGUUCUUCGUGUGCAUGGCCACGAGUGAUCGCGGCAGCGACGAUGCCGUCUGGGGGUAUGCGGCGCUGAUGGGCGUCGCGUUUGGGAUCACGCUGACGACGCUGAUCACGGUGGCGCAGCUGUCGACGCCGCCGGAGCUGAUUAGCAUCGCGAGCGGGUUGUUUAUCUCGUUCCGCUCGCUGGGCGGGAAUGUUGGGUUGGCGAUCUAUAAUGCGGUUUAUAACGCGGCGAUGGAUCGCUUGGAUGGGAAUGUGGGAGACGCCGCCGUGUCGGCAGGGCUGCCGGUAGAGGAAGUGCCGCGGUUUGUUGCCGCGCUUGUUGCGCGCAACGAGACCACACUUCUGGGGAUCCCGGGGGCUACCCCUGAGAUCAUUGGCAGUGGAACCACGGCUCUCCUUGAGACUUACGUGGUAGCCUUCCGCUAUGUGUGGAUAAGCGCGGGGUGUUUCGUGGCCGUGGCGGCUAUCGCUGCUAUUUUUCUAAUCGAGGAGGAGAAGGAGUUCAACAUGCGGAUUGACAACCCGAUCGAAAAGCAGGAGGAGUCGCCUUCCGCUUAG